UGGACAGCUGCUCUGAUUGACUCACUGAGUCUGGACCAAGACUAUAUAUAAUGGCAGACAUGCUGAGAGACAAAGACACACACAGACAGCAGUCACUUUGUCUCACUGGAAGAGUUUUCUGUUGAAUCAGUACACGUAGUUCAAUCACCAUGUCACAGCCAGGCGAGGUGAAAAAGAAGAAGCGUCCACCUAUGAAGGAGGAGGACCUGAAAGGAGCUCGCAGUAAACUGGGAUUAAAGGGCGAGGUCAAGAGUAAAACCUAUGAGGUCAUGGUGGAGUGUGAGCGUAUGGGCAAAGUGGCUCCAUCUGUUUUCAGCAACGUGAGGACGGGAACAGAAACAGUACUGGGCAAAAAUGAAGCUGCUAAAGCUCCAGGAGCCAGUGUUUUCAACAAGUAGCAGCAGCAGCAGCAGCAACAACAAUAACAACAACAACAACAGCAACAACCAACUGAGUGUGUUUGCAUGGAUGUAUGUUGAGCUUACUGCUGUGUGAGCAGUUACUGUACUGUAGGUCAGGUUUGUAACGUGGCUUAUAUAAAUUGUGUGUCAUGUAUUAAUCAGUCCACAAAGGUGUUUUUUUUUUAAUUGACAUUUGCUUAUUUGUUCAGUCUUUUUUUUAAUCCGAACACUUAAUAAAUUAUUUCGUCUUUUA